CUGUUUUCUUUCGUGAGUCGGUUCUUCAGAUUCGUUUGGAGAGUCGUUCAAAACAAACGAUACUGUCGUUGGUGACUGAAAGCGAAAGUGUUUCUGUAAAUUCGGGCCUCAAUAACAAAGAUUCCCGCAUGGAUCAGUAAACUAAACAUCAUGAAUGAACCAGAGAAGGAGGAGCCUCAGUGCUCCCAGAGUACCGAGACUGAUACGGUCCAGACUGAGGCAGGAAAACGGAUUCGUCAUAAGCGGAAGUCUUCUUCCCCUAGUCAAGUUUCAAUGAAGAGUGAUGAUUCAAUGAUACAACCAAUUCAUUUCCCUUCUAGCAAAAGGAGGUCUGCUUCGCCUAGUCGUAUUUCACUGAAGAGUGAUGAUUCAAUGAUGCAACCAAUUCAUUUCCCUUCAAGCAAAAGGAGGUCUGAUUCGCCUAGUCGUAUUUCACUGAAGAGUGAUGAUUCAAUGAUGCAACCAAUUCAUUUCAGAAAAAGAGUUCAAAAGUCUUCACCAACACCAGACCAUCUCUCAGUGAAGAGCGAAGACUCGACGAUGCAACCGAUAUACUUCAGACCCGAAGAACAGCAAAAAUAUUUAAGUGAGCUGUUUGAUGAGGUGUUGAAGUGCUCAGUUUGUACCAAGUUCUUAAAAGACCCGGUAUCUCCAUCUUGUGGACACAAAUACUGCAGAUCAUGCAUCACCAAGUAUCAGGCCCAGUCUGAACAUGGACAAAGUGCUUGCCCAAAGUGUGGAAAAAUAUCAGGCUCUUGUUCUGUCCUACACACAAACAUCCAUGCAACAGAGUUGGUAGAGAAAUUCAAGCCAGCUCCGCAUAGUUCGGCUGAAGUUAUGGAGACCGAGGAUGUAGAACCAAGACUCUGUCGGAAGCACCAUAAAACCCAGGUUAUGUUCUGCAAAAGUGACCAGGCAACCAUUUGUAAGGAGUGUGCUGUCAAGGAACACAGAGAACAUGACAAACAAUACAUCAAGGUCUCAACAGUUCCCAAUACUCUGAACACGUUGCACAAUUUCCUUGGUAACAUGACAACCUCAGAAUUUCGGGAGUUUAAGAGAAAUCUGACUUAUGAAUAUCCAGAAUGCUUUGAGACACUGCAAGUCCAUUGUAGCAUUCAAGAUGUUGCCGAAAGGAUGAUGGGAAGUUUCGCUGAAGAUGACAUUCUAAAAGUCACGUUUCACUUGGCAUCAGUCAAACCAAUAUCCAAAUGUCAAGAAAAAAUAAAGGAAAAACUUCGAAGGAAAUUCCGACAUAUUCACGAAGGACUUGCAAUACCGAGGACACAAGUCGUGUUGCAUGACAUUUACACAGAGCUCUACCUCACCGAGGGCGGAAGUGACGCAGUCCACGAAGAACAUGAAGUGAGAUUAAUCGAGAAAGCUGGCAAAAACGUCAGCAUGCGAGAAACUCCUGUUAACAUAACAGACAUUUUUAAGGCACUGGGUAACGGUAUCAGAACCGUUUUAACCAAAGGUAUUGCUGGGAUUGGAAAAACAGUUUCUGUUCAGAAGUUCAUGCUAGACUGGGCAGAACAUACAGCCAAUCAAGACAUCGACCUCAUACUUCCUGUGUUUUUUCGUGAUCUCAACCUUGAGAAGGAAGCCUGCAGUCUGAUGGAGCUUUUACGGAGAUUUUAUCCCGAGCUCAAAGACAUUGAAAGUAUCGAGAACGGCAUUAAUAUUUUGGUGGUCUUGGAUGGUCUGGACGAAUGUAGGCUUACCUUAGAUUUUCAAAACACCAGGACAUGCAGUGAUAUAAUGGAGGCAACUUCUAUGGAUGUCCUUCUGGUAAAUCUAAUAAAAGGUAAUCUACUGCCCAACUCUCUCCUGUGGAUCACCUCUCGUCCGGCCGCAACCAAUCAGAUACCCACAGAGUGCGUACAGCGCGUGACUGAAGUCCGAGGCUUUAACGACCCACAAAAAGAAGAGUACUUUCACAAGAAGUGUAAGGACGCUCGUCUGGCCGACACGAUAAUUAAGUACGUGAAGUCAACUCGCAGCAUGCACAUCAUGUGCCACAUCCCGAUCUUCUGCUGGAUUACAGCAACUGUCCUGGACAUACUACUAAGAGACAACGACAUUGGCGAAGCUCCAAAAAAUCAGACUCAGUUAUACAUUCAUUAUCUACUCAUACAGACCGGUUUGAGAAACAAGAAGUACCAGAAAGCCAUUAACGAAGAUCUGCGCAAUUUAACGCAAAGUGACAAAAACAUGAUUUUAAACAUGGCCAAAUUAGCUUUCUUAGGAAUGAAGAAAAACACUCUGAUCUUCUAUGAAGAUGACCUGAAGGAAUGUGGGAUCCACAUCGAAGAAGCGGCCGAGUUCUCGGCCCUGUGCACACAGUUGUUUAGAGAAGAGUUCGGAUUGUACAGAAAGCGAGUCUUCUGCUUCCUACACCUGAGUGUACAGGAGCAUUUGGCUGCCAUUCACGUUCUGUGGCAAUUUUUAAACGAGGGCAUAAACGUUCUCGAUUCACAUGGAGGUGGUUCCACAACCACACUGACGGACAUAUACAGGAGCGCGGUGGUCAAGGCUUUAGAAAACAAGCUUGGGCAUUUCGACCAGUUCCUACGAUUCCUUCUGGGUCUUUCUACCGAGUGUAGCAGGAAGCUUCUACGUGGUCUCUUGCCUCAACUGGAGAAAGAAAGCAUUCAAAAUGGUGAAAUCGUCCAAUUCAUUAAAGAUAAGAUCUGUGAGGAAGACAGAACAGAGACGGAGACAAUUAACCUUUUCCACUGCUUGAACGAAAUCGGUCACAAUUGUUUGGUGAAGGAUAUCCAGGAGAGUUUGGAUUCUGGUACACUUUGCAAUAAGAAAUUAAAUCCAGAGCAAUGUUCAGCCCUGGCCUUUGUGUUACUGAUGUCAGAGGAUGUAUUGGAAGUCUUUGACCUAAGGACAUACAAGACAACACAAGCAUCCAGUCGUCAGAGAUUACUUCCUAUCGUCAGGGCAUCGAAGAAAGCCAUACUCAGUGAUUGUGCACUGUCAGAAAAAGCUUGUGAGCCUGUGGCAUCUGCACUCCGUACAGCAAAUUCGCCUGUAAGAGAGCUGGAUCUGAGCAGCAACAACAUAAAAGAUGCAGGAUUGGUGGAUCUCUGCAAAGGACUGAAAAGCCCUCACUGUCAACUGGAGAUAUUGAGACUGGCAGACUGCGGUAUUACAGAUAAGUCCUGUGGAAAGUUAGCGUCUGCACUCGAGAGCGUCGAGUCCAAACUUAAAGAGUUAGACCUCUCUUCAAACAAACUGACCGACGCAGGGGUGAAGAUGCUCGAAGACUGGUUCAAAAGUGAAAAGUGUAAAGUGCAAAUACUGAGGCUAAAUCAAUGCCACCUUACAAAAAGUUAUUGCAAGCACUUAGCAGAAGAGCUGACUUCAUUUUCCACAAAGGAAAUGGAUCUGAGUCUGACAGGAAAUGACCUGGAGGAUUAGAAAGGACUACGCAUGAUGCUUCUGGAGCCGAGCUCGUGUGACAUACUGUAUGAUAUACUCGUAUACCGUCCAUCUACCGUAUCUAUCCAUCCAUCCGUCCAUCCAUCCAUCCAUUUUCUAUACUGCCAAUCCUACACAGCUUCAUAAGGAACCUGGAUCAUAACACAUAUACCAACUAAAUGCAGAUAUAUUCUUAAGAUACAUACAGUAGUUGGAGUAUUGAUUUUGCAUUAUUUGCUCAUUGCGAUACCAUAAUGUUAAGUCAAGGUGUGUUAGCAGAAGGAUUGUAAUUUAGCAUUUUUAGGAUAAGUUUUUUUUUUUAUAUUGCAGUUCAGAAUAAGCGCUGGAUAAAGUAGUAAAUGACGCAAUUCCUGGCUCUUAAAUAUCUAUUCUACUUAUUCCUGAAGGAUGAAGGGUGUCUGAUGUACAUAAUCAACAGGAAAUAUCAUAUCAUAUGCAAAUCUAAAAGCUCCGAGAAGAUUUUUCCUUCAAUUUGUCACUAUCUGUAUGUAUGUGUUUAUUUAUUUAUUUAUUGUACGUACAGGAAACUCUUUUUGUCUAAUAAAUACACUACAUUAAGA